CCCCUUAUUUGUUUCUGAUUUGUGCUGAAGGUUUGUCAGCAAUUAUUAAAAAGGCCGAGUCCGAGGGGAAGAUCCAUGGGAUCCAAAUCCGCAAGAAGGCUCCUUCGAUAUCCCACCUUUUGUUCACGGAUGAUAGUAUUAUUUUUGGAAAGGCUACCCUAAAAGACUGUGAUCAGUUGAAAGAAAUCUUGCAAGCCUACUCAGAGGAAUCUGGUCAACUGAUAAAUUUUGAUAAAUCGAAGGUUUCUUUCAGUAAUAAUGUCAGAUGUUGCAGGAGAUUGGAGAUAUGUGGGACUCUUGGCAUUAAAGAAGUGACUAAAUUUUCGAAGUAUUUGGGACUUGCUACGGUGAUUAGUAGAUCAAAAAAAGCUAUCUUUGCUGACAUUAAGGAAAGAGUGAGGAAAAAGCUUAAAGACUGGAAAAAUCGAACCAUGUCCCAAGCUGGAAAAGAGAUUUUGAUUAAAGCCGUGGCACAGGCUCAAUUUUUAUAUCCUAUGUCUGUUUUUCUUAUACCUGAUGGGAUUAUCCAGGAAAUUCAAGGUUUGAUUGCUAAUUUUUGGUGGGGUCAAAAGGGGAAAGAAACUAAAAUCAAAUGAAUCUCUUGGGAUGAACUCUGUGAUGGAAAGGAGGAGGGAGGUAUGGGGUUUCGUGACGUGAAGGCUUUCAAUCUGGCUAUGUUGGGGAAACAGGUUUGGAAUUUGAGAUUGAGGCCUCAAUCCCUUAUGGCUAAAGUGUUAAGAGCUUGGUAUUUCCCAAAAAAUGAUAUUUUUGGAGCUAAGCUAGGUCACCGCCCUAGUUAUAUCUGGAAAAGCAUCUGGACUGCUAAAGAGACAAUCAUGGAUGGUUUUAGAUGGAAGGUGGGAAAUGGGAACUCGAUAAGGAUAUGGGAAGAUGAAUGGAUCCCUGGAAAAUCCUUUUUCUAUCCAGAUCCUGUUCCAGCUAAUGAGUUUCUGGAUGAUUUGGUUAGCUCGAUUAUUGAUCAACAACAGGGGAUUUGGGAUAUUCAGAAAGUUGGGAGAUUAUUCUCUGUUCAAGAUCAGGCUUUGAUCUCUAAGAUUCCACUCAGUUCACCGCCUAAAGAGGAUUCUCGGGUUUGGAAAGACUCUGUUUCGGGCUCUUAUACUGUAAGGUCGGCCUACUUCUGGAUUCGUAACAAGCAGCAAAGCAAGAUUGAUCAUUCUCAUAGUUCUGGUGAGGAUAAUUCUGAGUUCCGGCAAAACCUAUGGAAUCUAUCUACGCAACCUAAAGUGAAAAUCUUUCUCUGGAAAUUAUGUAAGAACAUCAUACCAGUUGGGGCGAACGUGACUGACUAGAUCGAUUCUACUGGAGAUGAAUGCCCUUUCUGCAACCUUAAAGAGACUCAGAUGCAUGCGCUUCGGGAUUGUGCUUGGAUCAAGCGUCAAUGGCAGGGUUGUGAAGUGAAAAACGUCUAUGAGUUAGGGGAAAAUCGAACUUCUAUUGAAUGGAUGAAAGAGGUAUGGAGGGUGUGCAGUACUGAACAAAUCCAGAAAUUCACCUCGAUCCUUUGGUUCCUCUGGAAAGAGAGGUGUAACCAGAAGUAAAACAAUAAUAAGCUCGAGGAAGCCGACAUCAUCCCCCGGGCGAUGUCCUGGAUUGGAUCCUAUCUCGCGGCCCAAGAUCCUUUGCUCAGAUCUAUAGACUCUGGCGCGACGCAAAGUGUUUCCCGGAGCCAUCAAUGGAGUCCACCCCCAAUCGAUUUUGUCAAGCUUAACUCUGAUGCAGGUGUUUUCCAAAAUGGUGGAAUGGGGCUCGGUUGUGUAUUUAGAGACUGGAGGGGAGCAUUUGUUGGAGCUACUUUGAAGAAGGAGAAGGGAUCUUGCCGACCGAUUGAGGCUGAGGCUAGGGCGUUGGUGAUGGGAUUGGUGGAAGCAAAUCAGAGGUUUUUUAGCCCCUUAAUUGUUGAGUCAGACUGUCAAGUGCUCAUCAACAAGCUGAAGAAGAAGGAAGUGGAUUUCACGGAGUUGGGAAAUUGGUGCGAUGAAAUUUUGAGGUUGGCGAAGGUGAACGAAGAUUUGUCUAGUUCCCAGGUGGUUUGGUUGUUUGGUGGUAGAAAGAAGAACAGGCUCGCUCAUUGGCUGGCCCAUUCGGGGUCGGUUUGGGACCGUCAAGUGGUGUGGACCGAAAAUCCACCCCUUUCUUUGUUAGCUCUAUUAGAAGAAGAUUUGGGCCAAGGCCCAUGUAACAAAGGGUGAUUUUUGAAUAGAAUACAGGUUCCCAU